AUUUUCAACAAUGUAGACAAGAAUCAUUCAGGUAAGUUAUCUGCCAGAGAAUUGUCUGGUGCACUCAUGAAUUUUGACAAUACCAAGUUUAGAUCUUCUACAAUCACUCUGAUGAUGAGAGUGGUUGCAGAAGGAAAUGAUUCGAUAAACUUCAAACAGUUUGUAGUCCUUUUUCGGUACUUGGCUCAAUGUAGAGAGUUGUUCUCUGUGGUAGAUAAGGAUAAGUCUGGGGAUAUUAGCUUUGGUGAGUUUCAGGUAUUAUUGAAUCGGUCAGGCUAUAAGUUGAACAUUAAAACUGAAGCCGCUAUCUUUGAGAAAUUUGGUACUGAAAGUUCUGCUCUUCCAAGUAGCAGACUCAAGUUCGACUCGUUUAUAGAAUGCUUGAUAUAUUUGAGCAGGAUUACGAAGUCAUUUCUGAAGUACGACGUGGAAAAGACAAAGAACGCUACCUUUACUUUUGGACAGUUUAUCUUGGAAGCUAGUAGCUUCUACCCUUAG